GAAAUCUAGAUCUAGAUCUAUCUAGUUAAUCUAGAUAUCUAAUCAAUAAAUCAAUCUAUUUACAUUUCUAGAUCUACUCUAGAUGUUAAUGUUGUCUAGAUUUAUAUAGAUGUCUAUAGAUCUACAUUUUUCAUUAACAAAUUCGUAGAAUUCUUCUCAAACCUUAAAUUGCGAUGAUAUCAUCUUACCAAAGGAUCUGGCAAUAUUUUCCACCACGGCGUCUCCAUUUAUAGUCCUGUUUAUUACCUAUUCUACUUCGAUGAGAGGAUAUAGUGAUAUUCACUUUACUUACAUUGACCCAAUAUUUCGACAUCUGGUCCGGCCAAUCGGUCCCAGGAAGAGGAUUCCUGAUUCAGAGCUGAUCCCUUGGCUACCAACGUAUGUAAUAUUGCUGACUACAUCAAAGUUACAUGUAAUAUUAUUACACAGUGACAUAACUUAGCAAGUUUUGGUGGAGACUGUCAUUGUUUGUUAUAUUUGUAUACAAGUGUAUAUUUAUUCAUAUAUUGUGUUAAUAUAGAUAUUGUAUUUCACGUUCAUAUAAACAAGUGGAUAAAUGUAGUGGAAUACAAUCAUUGUGUUUCUAAAAAAAAAUAUUAUUUCUGUGAACAACUGUCUACAUACACAAGGAUAUAUGUGUAUUUAGUGGAAAUAUUCUUGAUGAAGGACUUAGAUUCACAUGCAUACACAUUGUUAUAGUAAAUUCAGAUGACAUCUACUUCAUCAUAUCCUGUAAUAAAAGGUACUCUAGUGAGCACUGAUAACCACACAUGGAACACUGCAGACUCCCUUGGGAGGGGGGCUAGUGCUAUCGUUUAUCUAGGAAGAAAUAAGAAUAAUGGUCAAGUUGUAGCUGUGAAAGUAUUUCAUGAUUACAUUAGCCAGAAGACAGACGAUAUCAGGGAAUUGGAGCUACUCAAACAAUUAAAUCAUAGAAACAUCAUCAAGUUAAUUGGAAUAGAAAGACUACCAUCCAAUAAAAAUGUUCUUAUUAUGGAGUACUGUGAAGGUGGCUCAUUGCAUCACAUGCUAGACCUACCUGUGUACUAUUAUGGCCUGUCUGAGGAGGAGUUCAUUUUGGUCCUAAAGCACGUUUCUGAUGGCAUACAGUAUCUUAGACAAAUGUGUGUGAUUCAUCGUGAUAUUAAACCAGGGAACAUAAUGAGGUAUAUAACAGCAGAUGGCCAGUCUGUUUAUAAACUUACUGAUUUUGGUGCUGCAAGAAACCUGAAUGAAGAUGAAAGCUUUCAGUCUCUGUAUGGAACAGAAGAAUAUUUGCAUCCUGGUAUAUAUGAGCGAGCAGUCUUAAAACUACCUACCCAGCAAUCUUUUGAUGCCAAAGUUGACCUGUGGUCUCUGGGAGUUACAUUCUAUCAUACAGCAACUGGUCAGCUACCUUUCCAGCCAUUCGGAGGUCGCAGCAAUCGAUUAAAAAUGUUUGAAAUUAUAACACAGAAAGAGAGUGGGGUAAUAUCUGGAGUCCAAAAUUUUGAGAAUGGGCCUAUCCAGUGGAAACGUGAUCUUCCAGAAACUUCACCAUUGUCAAGUGGUCUGAAAUCUAUAGUCAUUCCAGUGCUUGCUGGUCUAAUGGAGCCAGAUCCUCCUAAGAUGGUAUCUUACGAGAGUCUGUUCCGGAUGGUGAAAAAUCUUUGUGAAAAGAUCAAUAUCUCUGUGUUCCAUUUCAGUCGUUGUGAGGAUCUCAAUAUCUAUGCUGAUGCUUCUACAAGCCUCGCUGGACUUCAGGAUGAGAUAGCUGCUCUCACUGACAUAGCAGCCAGAGACCAGAUCUUGCUGGUGGGAGGAAAGGGCCUGGAGGAGAUAGUGGAUCCCAGCUGUCACUUGAAAGACUAUCCAGUACAUUUACUGCAGGACAGUAUCUAUUUGUUUCAGAAGGAAAUGUCAGAGACAGUACGCCUCUCUAAACCUGAGAUACCAAUCUUCCCAGAAUUUUCAGUCAGUUUUGACAUGGACUCUGAUGCUAGACUGGCACAUAGCUGUGCCGCUAGAGGCGAGCUUGUCAAGAGAUAUGUUGAGAGAAAUACACGAUAUCAAGAGAAGUUAACUUCUGGGAUAUUUUAUUUGAGUGUGUUUGUUGAGAGCAGGCUGGGCAACACCAAAACUAGUCAAGACUUCAUGAAGCAGCUGAUGGAUGAAUGCAAGAAUCACUAUGAAUCCUUUUUCAGCAUGGUGCAGAUUAUUCGAUCUGUUUUGUCAGUUAUGCAUAAGACAGAAGAAGACUUAGAGUCAUUGGAUGCAGUCCUUAGAGACUCAGUAAUCCGACAGGUCCAUGCUAAGGCAAGUGAUCGCCUUGCAGAAAUAGAACAUUACAGAGAAUUGCUACUGACUAAAAUUGAUGAAGCUAAAAGUCACACCACAAAGUUGUCUGCUUAUUGUGUCAAAGAGAAGUGCUUGAAAAAGAGUCAGCACCACAUGUCAAUGAUAUCAAGUGUCAGUAGCCGGUUCAGGAGAGACAAAAAUGUCAAAACCCAAAUGGCCCUUCACGAUGAAAACAUACACAAUUUUGAAAGGAGAAAACUUCAAGACCAUUGUGUUUCAUUAAAGUCGAUACUGAGUGAUCAUUGCCUGCCUAAGUUAGAACUCAUACAUAAAAAUUGUAUGCAGAUUGGAGAUGCCUUAAUUAAAUGUUUCAAUCGUGUGCAGAAGAUUGAAAAAAAUUUAAUAAGUGUUCUUAACUGCCAGAAACUGUUGAGUGAUAAACUUAUUAAGUUGAGGUCGUCAACUGUGGAGCGUCUCAAGGUGAGGGACACUGGUUACUGGUCAGUUUUGGAGAACUCACGGCUUAUGACCCCUAUUCCAGAAGCCUGUAGUCAGGAGACAGCAUCAAGCAGCAACAGUGAUUUGAUAAUACACGACAGUAGACAGUCAUUCCAUGAAGAUGUGAACUCAUUGUCUAAACAAAGUAUGGCACUAGAAGAGAAACUUAAAGACUUAACAAAGGAGCUACAGUUAAAUUCAAUAAUAAUACAAAGUCUUGAUGAUGGAAGUUUAUUGAGCCGAGGAUGUGUAACAGAAACUGACAUGUACCGGUCUGAUCUAGAUGGAAACACAUGAAGAGAAAAUUGCUGGAACUGUUUUUAGUGUUAACCAUUAAAUCAACUAUUCCAUUCAUUGGCUGUUACUAUCCCAGCAACAGUGGUCAACCUCCUACUGACAUGUCAAGUCUAUAUGCUGCAGUCGAGCCACAGUCAGUCUUGGGUGCUGGAAAGUCCAGGAUUACACUUGGAAAGUUUACAAGUGUUUGUGUUUCUGUGUGUUAAGUCGCUGUUCUAAAUAUGUUUCAGGGCAAAUAAAAUAUGAAUGUAAUCAGAUUUUUUUUUAGAGAUUACUUUCAGUAGUCAUUGAACAUCAUUCAAAUCAUUCUAAAUGUAAUAGUUUUGCGCUGGCCAUUUGGUUUGUUAUGUAGGGCCAUCUAUAAGAAAAGAAGAGCCUUACCAAUUUAUCUGCAAUUACAUUGACUAAGUUAUCAUACAAAAAAUGUUGUUUAAUUCUUUAAGUCUCAUGUUUAAAUCUAUGUAAUUGUUGAAAAUCUUACGGAAUGUCAUUUUAUUUAAUUGCAAGCCUUGAUGCAUAGAGAAAUAAAUCAAAAGUUAUUCUAAACCUGUGGUACAUAUUAAAUUCAUUCUGAGAAGAGCAUAGAAUGCAGAGUAGAAUGGUCAUGGAGAAUUGGUCUGGAAUGAGCAGAGGAGUGUUUCAUAUUAUUGAGCAUAGAUACUGAAAAUGUGAAUUCCACCCUAUGAAUACAUUUCACAGUGUAAGUUGCAUUGAUAAUCUCACUACAUUUGAAGCCUAGGUCAUAAGGUACAGCAGUUGAAGUCAUUGAAGCAUAUUUAAAUAACAUUACAAUAAAAACCUACACUAAAAAUCAGAGCUUAAUAUCAAGAGUAAGCAAUCAUUUCUAUUUUAGUUUUUGUUUUUUGGUCAUUUUUCACCAUUCUUUUUAAAAUACUAAAAUGAAUAGCAUUCCUGUUCUGACUUGUUGGUUUUCAUUGGCCAUUUGUAGUUCUUUGUGAAAUUUACAAUUUAGAACAGAGCCAUCAUUUUAGAAUAAUUAUUUUUUUUUUGUUUUCAUUUUCAAUACUUGAUAAAAUAGUAACUAUUUAAUGAUAAACAUAAUCUGAAAUAAAAAUAUAAAAAAAAAGAAAAACAAUGUUCCUUCGAAGUAUUAGAAACAUUCUGACAAUAAAAAUUGUCAGAUGGCAAAACCGAAUGUACAAGAAAUUCUGGGUAUAAUAAUUAAAGAAGGAUUAAUAAGGUAAUGUAAAAGGUUACAAUUUUCCAGUAUUUGAUACUUAGUACUUUUUAACAAGAGAAAAAUCCAAGAGGUGUCAAUGUAUAUGCUUUUGAAGAAUGUAAUCAUAUCAGUGUUUUUGUAAAUCAACUAACUUUACAUUAGAUUUACAGACCCAGUCUUUAAGUAAAAAUUGACACUGGAAGGUAAGAAAGUUACUUUUCAAUUAAUAUUUUAAAUCAAAAUCAGAAUGUUGAGACUGGCUCAACUUAAACAUUACUGAGAUGUAAACAAACUAAAGCAGUACAGACAAUAAAUCAUCUAGAAUAAUAUUUCACACAAACUUCGUUUGUUCAUACAGUGGUAGUGUUGGUACUGCAAUGGUAUUCAUAUAGCUUAUUAGAUAUAUAUUAAGAACAAUAUUACUGUUAUUAUUUUUAUUAAAGUCUAUAUAUCCAGCACAUUUCAACAUUUUGUUUUAUACAUUUUUGGGGGGAAAUUUAAAAAAAAAAUUACUUUUGUAAUACACAUCUUUCAUGCAUAGCAUACUAAGUGUGCUAUGAUCCAAUCUUUUUUGCAGAAAUGUGGACACACAGCUAACACAACAUGGCUCAAGUUGGGAUUCGAACUCUCACCCACUUAAUCCUAAAAAACUAAAUAUUUUUAAUAAGAGAAGUAAGUAAAAUUAAAAUCACCCUUUCAGACCAUGUCGUCUGUAGAGUAGGUCUAGAAAAAAAAAAGUUUCUUAUGAAAGGCUAAUAAAGAAAUAUUUCAAAUAGAAGGAGAAAGAAACUCAUGAGUAUGUCCUUGUUUCAAAGUAAAUUAGAAAACAUCUUUUUUUAUCAAGAGUAAAUAGUGUGGCAACAAUACAUGUUUGAUACAGUCUAGCAAUAGCCUAAAACAUGUCAGGAUAGUUGAGCAAAUGUUACAAUGUAGAUCAAGAUUCUUUUUUUGCGCUCACUGUGUAUCUAAGGAAAUGUUCUAUGAAAUUUUGAAUAUGGUGACAUACAUAUUUAUGUUCGUUUCAUGCACAUAAGACCUUACUUUUGAAAAUUUGUAAUUGUUUUGUUCUCUUCUAAAAUCUUUUAAAAAAAAAGAAACUUUACAACUACUAGAUGCUUUAUUUCUAUGAAUUAGUAGAGAUGAAAAUGUUUUUACAAAGCUUAUAUCAACUCACUCUGUCUGUUAAAAAGUUUGUACACAUUAUUUCUCUGGCACCCAAUCUUUGAUCAAGAUGAAAUCGUGCACAUUUAUUUCUUUUACUUGACUACUCAAGAAUCGAUUUGAAAAAUUAGCCAAUUAGUUAACUAUUGGUAAUUAAUUAUUUUGUUUGGUAUCUUGAACAAGGGAAAGAAAUUGUAAUUGUCUAAUUGUGAAUUAGUUUUUCUUAUAAUUUGUGGAAAGAAAAGUUUGAAACAAGCAAUCUCAUCUCUGCCUCUGGGGCAUAGGCCACAAACUAGUUUCCUCCAGGCAUCUUGGUUCUGGGCGAGUCUCUUCAACUGUCCCUGCGUCUUGCCCAUCUGCUUAGCAUCCUGCUUUCAAAUUGCAGCGCCAUAUAUUCCUGGGCCAUCCUUCUUCCUCUUUCCUUGAGGGUUCCAAGUUAGGGCUUGCCUUGUUAUGUUGGAUGUGGUUUGCAAAGGGUGUGACCUAUCCAGCUCUUGCUUCUCUGAAGGAUAACUACUUUAAUGGGUGGCUGCUUUGUUCUUUGCCACAGUUCCGCAUUCAAGAUCUUGUCUGGCCAGUGGAUCAUAAGAAUGCAAUAGAUAUAUAAAAAACACUUUGCUGGCACAGUCACUCUCCUUUUUUCUUUGUAAUAAAUGCAUCUAAAAAUUCAAAAAGAGAUCUAAACAAAAGCAAUUGGUAAAAAUAUUUGUAAUGGUUAAUUGUUGUUUUUCUAGAUCUAUUUCAAAUUUAAUUAAAUGACUGAUCUAAACUAAUUGAUACAAUUACACUUCAUAUAAGCUUUGGUUUUUUUUUUAAAUAUUGUUUAUGUUUUUUCUUUUUUUUUUUUUUUUUACUUACUUUCAAAAUAUUAUAAGUGUUUAUAACGGUGUUAAAUAUUUGGGCAUGUUACUAUGUUUUUGUGUACAAAGAUGUUCUUCGAAAGAAAAAGGAUUUAUAAUCUUUAUCUUUGUUAAGGAUUCUUUAGUAAAGAUGAGAAAACUUAUCAUAAGUAUGUCUCAAUAAGCAAGAAAUAAAACAAUUGUCAUUGGAAUUUAGAAUUUUAGGGUUCAAAAAAAAUUUGUUGUUCAAUAUCCACAGAAAAAAAUAAUUAAUAUAAAGCUAAUUUCAUGUGCAAGCCACCAAUACAAGAGAGUUCUUAGUUGAAAGUUAAUUGCUUAUUCUCUGUAUCCUACGUUCAACAUUGUUCUCACCUUAACCUAUUGAGUCACCCAUAUCAAAUUGGCUCAAAUCAAAGUAAUUAAUUUUGUUCACUGGAAACAAAAAAUUGCUUUAUUGAAGUGAUAUUUCCAAUCCUGCUCUGUGCUGUCUAGUCUUUUAUAGUACUUUCUGUUAUAUAGAAAACAUUUUUCCAAAGUCGAGACAAAUUUGAUGUUAGAUUAAAUUUCCUCUUAUUUUGGUAUUAUAGUAGCAUUUCUUUUGAAAAGCAUUUUUGUUUAAAAGUGACCCCUAAGUAUGUUAUUAUUCAGAAGAUUACUUGGUUAAAUUGUGUGAAAUCAUUUGGGUCAAGACUUCCUUUAUUGGAAGAAUGCUUUAGGAAUAGUUAAUUAUAUCAAUCAUUAGAGUCAAGGGAAUUUUUUUUUUAAUUGAAAUCUUCAAGAAGUAAAAGUUUAUUCUCAUGUAUGACAAGAAAUGUCCAACUAAAGAUGGUUUAGAGCAUUAGAAGAUUGUUCUGAAAAUCUUAUGUACAAGUGACAACAGGUCUGUCAACUACCAAUCAAUCAAUCUAUCAGAUACCUUGUUUCUAUAUCAGGGGAUCUACCUGUCUGUCAGGGCCCUUCUUUCAAGUACUUUAUCUGUCUUUCAGGUGCACCACCUCAUCAACAGUACCGGUUCCUUUCCUGCAUGUCUAGCAUGUGCCUUGCCUGUUUAUCAGCUGCCCUACCUGUGUAUUAGCUGCUCUAACAGAUACUAUGUUUCUGAGGUGCCUUACAUUUGCAUCAAGUCUAUCUUUCUAAUAGUUAUGUUACAAUUAUCAGCUGCCCUACCUGUCUAUCAGCUGCCCUACUUGUCAGUCAGAUGCCCUACCUGUCUGUCAUGUGACAUACCUGUCUGACAGCUUCCCUACUUGUCUGUCAGAUGCCCUACCUGUCAUGUCACCUACCUGUCUGACAGCUUCCCUACCUGUCUGUCAGAUGCCCUUCUUUUCUUUCAGGUGUACAACUCUCAAGUAUCAUGUCUUCAACUUAAAAAAAAAAUUCUGGUUAAAAUACACUUAAGUACAUAGUUAUGGAACUUACAAUGUUAUGAAACUCAAUGAUGACCUUUAGCAAUAGCUAAUAGUUUUAACUAGCUUAAACCCAUGGCUACAAUAUCGCACUGAUGUCCCAUCUGGUUGUGUAGUGGACUUUUAAUGUUCACCAGUUGAUGUUUACUUUAAUAUUUAGAACAUAUUGUAUGAACUUUACUGUACACAAGGCAAGACAAAAUGGCUGCAACAAGGUCAUUGAACAAUAGCAGAACUUUAGAAUUAACCUGCACAACUUUUUGUAACAUUUAAGAGGCUAAAGAAAUGUGUGCUGUGUAAAUAAUGUAAAGAUGUUAUAUGCAAGCUUUACAGUCAGUGAUUACAUUGUAUUUUGUUGCUUCUAGGCCAAUUUUUGAUUGAGGUAUUUUAUCCAUUAGGUUAGAUUCCAGGGAUAUUCUUAAUGCAGUGUUCAUGGGAUGAUUAAUAUAUAUCAUAUAUUUGUAUGCAUUACUUUCUAAUUAAUAUUAUUCACAUUAGUUUUUGUUUUAUUGUGUCACUGUUUUCAAAGUUGUUAAUAAAUAUCAACAUAAAAUAUG